UUAGAUUAUUCCAGUCAAAACAAGAGGCUUGUCUUUAGAUCAAACAAUCUUGGGUUGUUUUUGAGUCAGUAAUGUGUAACCAAAAGCGACAGACAUACAUAUAUUUACUCAAGAUAUGCUUCUACAGACGAGUAAACAUAUAAUGGAGAGCAGAAAUUAAAGCAAAACAUUUUUAUCUUGUUUUGGAACAACUUACAUGCGGCUGAGACAUCCCUGGCACAAGGAUAUAUGGAGCUAGAAGAAAGAUUCCGCCGUCCACACAGAUAUGCUGUUUCGAAGGACGAAACAAAAGAAAACCAGCAUGAGAAAACGAGAAGUAACAUUUUUCUGAUCAUCUUGAUGGGCGCUGCGCAUGGUCUCGUACUUAAAGUCGAAAAAGCACUUAACAGACUAGGAGCAGCGGUCUACAAAAAAGGCAGACUAGCAUUUGGCACCACAUUCGUCAUUAUGACGCUACUGUGUCUGGGCUACAUGCGUUCCCAGAAAACAGACUGGGCUCCUCAGGGAUUCCAGUGCCACACUAACCAAGCGCGAAAUGAUCUAGGUGACGCGGCAAAGAUCUUCCCAAAUCUCGAUGCAUGGAAAAGUGAAGUCAUUUUUACUAAUGGUGUUUCCGAGAAUGUUUUGGACUCGGACUGUCUUAUAGCAGCUUCAAGUUUUGUUCGCACGAUCGACAAAACAAGUGUAGCUUUCAAGAGAAAUUGUGCAUUAUGUCAACUACCAACGCUUUCAGAUUUUUAUCAACUGAACAAUGAAAGCUUGCUACGGAUAGAUGACUGCCAGAGAACGUGUACUCUGGAAAAGCUCUUGGUGAGCGACACUGUAACACUCUCCAAGGUACGCGUGCACAAAGUCAACUACAACCAGUCAAAUCUCAGUGCAAACGGAAUCAUAGUAACGUUUCACUUGAAGAGGCCUAUCGACUAUAGAGAGAAAACUUUAUUCCAUACCUUUGAGAAAGAUCUCACUUUAACUCUCAGACAGCUUUCAUCCCGAUACACAUGUCGAAUGGUCCUUAGAUUGGAUAAAAACGAGGAGGAUAAAGUGUGGUUAACUGUCACACCUAGCAGACAACUUCUUCUAUACGCCUUACCAGCAAUCUUGUUUGUUUGUUUAGAAUUAAUCUUUUACGUGUUUACCAGGAGUGUAUUCCUCAUGAUUGCUAUUUUUGUGGUCUCCACUAACACUGUGUUUUGUGCGAGCGUUGCCUUUGGGUUCUUAUCUAUUUUAAGUAUCCCUUACCAUGACUUUUACUUGAUUGUACCUUUGUACGGGUACUGUCAAUGUCUGGUCCUAUGUCUGCCUCUUGUCAACUCCAUAAACGCGACCUCAAGCUGGAAUUCCAUUAAUCGACAAGUCAAAGAGUGCAUGACAAAGGCCGGUUUUGUAGUCACAGUAACUGCAUUAGUUGUUAUUGUUUUAAAUGGGAUAGCAGCGUGGUCGUGUAUCAUUGCUAUCACUCGCUUUAUGGUCUUCUUGUUUUUGCUAAUUCUUUUAAAUUUUGUUUCUUUGUUUCUGACUGUAUUUCCUAUACUUGUAUGGCUUAGUGAAUAUUUGCGAUCUGGUGCAAAACGUAAUAGGGGUUUAUCAUGUUCCCGUGGAUUUAGACAAGGCUUGCGAAAAUGGACAAAGGCUCUUUCAUCCUUAACGGGAAAGAUCAUUGUUCUUGGUUUUAUAUUGUCUAUUGUUGGCGGUUGCAUAACAUACAUUUGUGUUGUUCGCCCACCUGCAUUUAACGAUCGUAGACUGACAGACCUGUACGACAAACACGUCAAAGAGGCAAGCUCUAGUCAAGUUGUGAGUUUGAUUGUACGAAAUGUAGACUACACGAACAAUGAACUGCGAAAAUCAUUAGCAGACUUUGUGAAGAUGUUAAGCUCGGCAUCCUACAGCGCUGGAAAACCAAGAUCAUGGAUUUCAUCGUUUGAACUGUGGAGAAAAUCCGAAAACAGAAAUUGCACAGGAAGCGAGUUUAAAGUAUGCCUACAGAUAUUUUUUAACACCUCAAAAGCGUCGUUCGAGUAUGAUAUCAAAAUCGAGAAUGGCCGUCUUACCGAGUCUCGUAUUCAGCUGCCAGUUUAG